GCUGCACGUGACCAUAAGCUAACCAAUCAGCAGCACUCUUGCUGAGCAGCACAUUUUCAUAUUUCUGCUGGAGCUGAGUUAGCUGCUUACUGUUCACCGCGGUCGACCAAAAAGGUGGAAAUUGCUGUGAGAAUGAGAAAAUCGCGGAAAAACAGAAGAGACCUCGGUCUGCUUCGUUCUGAAAGUGAGGAUGACCCUCGAGGCUUUGAAAAUAUUAGUAACGGUGUUCCUGGGACCCCACGUAGUUUUACCAUUGACAGCUAUACUGAAGCUGUUUCGAAGGAAGGUGAGGAGGAACAGAACGUGGCAACGACAGCAAAAAGGAGCCACUCAAAAAAAGUAACUCAAGAGGAGUUUGUAAGAAACGGAUUAACAUCUUCAGAUGAAGAGGAUGACAUGAGGGUCGUCAAGCUGCCCAUCCAGUCAGAAGCACCAGAGAAACUCCCCAUCAUUCAGGACACUAACAGAUUAAAUAACAUUUCCUCUGAAGAUGAAGCCACGUCCAUUCGAAGGGAGGUUGCAGACGGUUCUCAGGGCAUCGACAUGUCAACGUUUCGCUCUGUAAAUCAAACGUUAGCUUACCUUUUGAAAGCCUUCUCACGCUCUGCAGGAUCUCUCCACAGGGACGUUUCCAGUGAGUAUUCACAUCAAUCAAUCCACCAACAACUUCAAAGUGUUGCUAACUGCGUUACAUCCCAAUCUGAGCGAUCUAAUGGACCUCGAGGACGGGAAACGUUGAUGUCCAGCCCUCGAUAUGCAAACACAGCGCCUCGGCGCAGCGACCCGUCAUCUCCCAGAUCUCGACACGGCUGUGUCAAAGAUGAAAUUCUUGAUGGCUAUAACUACAGAUCCAGUAGUGGAUCCAGAUCCAGGCACCGCGAUGAGGCGUCAAGGUCAAGAUCCAGGCACUAUGAUGCGGCAUCUGGGCACCGUGAAUACUCCUCCAGGUCCAGGCACCGCGAUGGGUCUUCAAGGUCGAGAUCCAGGCACCGCGAUGGGCCUUCAAGGUCGAGAUCCAGGCACCGUGAUGAGGUUUCUAGGUCGAGAUCCAGGCACAGCGCUGAGGCUUCAGAUCAGAAAAUAGAGGUUGGACCUUCCCAUUGCCUCAGGAUGUGUUCAAGCGGGAGCUCUUCAACAUUUUGUUUGAUAUCCGCAAUCGUCUUACCAGCGAACAGCCCAUCCCUGCAGUCGUUCACAUUGACAAGAUGGAGACCAUGGAAGACUUUGUGAGAGAAGAGGAACGCCUCUCUGACCCAAAAGUCUUUGAAACCUUUGUGCUGCAUGUUUCCAGAAUUGGAGGAAAGAACACCAAGGAUUUUGUCAACAAAGUUCUUGACAGGCUCUUCACCAACGCACUGAUGGCCAAAUUCAAUAUGAAGGGGAAAGGGAAACGAGGCAAGAAACCUCUGGAAAAUACAAUGGUUUAUAAAGCAAUAAAAGAUGGGAUAAUGACGGGGGACUGGGCAGCUACAGAGGACUUCGUAAGGCUGUAUGCUGCGGAGCAUCUGAAACACGCGCCACACAGAUCUGGAGGCAGAAGACGGCAACUCACUGAAGACUGAUGAACCUGCUUUCACUUUGUAAUUCCAGAUUUAUGUUUUAAGCUGCAGUUUUAGCUAUGAAUCCAAAAAGAGAAAUAAAAUAGUGUUUUUUAUCGUAUAUUCUCUAUGAAGUAUAGACCCAAGCAAGGUUGGCUGUAGAACAUCAUUUAUGUGACUUUUUGUUUAGCACCAGUGUUGAUGGUGUAUCUGUUAUACUGUUAAUCCCUGUUUGAAAAAUACUUUUUUAUUGUUUUUUAUUUCAGAUAUACUUUUACUGCCAAUUUUAAUCUCUUCUGUUGAUCCAUUAAAAAAUAACAAUUUUAAAA